CUGCUGGGACCGACGUGGUCAUUUCUCUCAGCGCAUGUGGUGGAAACGGUUGUGAGGAGCACGUUUCUGUGUUCGGGCUUGCUGCUUUCUACCUUCGGAACAGACUGGAAACUUUAACUUGGACCAAACAUUGACCUUAACAUAUUUAACAGAUAAGUCUCUUUUAUAUUAUUAUUUUUUUGUAUUUAACCUCACACGGCUUUAUCCUAAACGCACAAAUGGCUGAGAAGAUAACGAUAGAUGACGGGAAGGGUGCAAAUGGAUAUCCCGAACCCCUCUCCAACGGACAGCCCGGCGGCAAGGACAGUAAAGGCAAGGAGCCCAUGUCUGAAAAGUUAAAAAGGAUCGCUAUGGCCAACUUGUUGGUGAUUUUGACAGUAGCGGGCGUUAUCAUUGGCGUUAUCAUCGGCAUGGGUGUGCGUUCGGCGGGACUCAGUAAAGUGCAGAUCAUCUAUUUCGGCUUCCCCGGAGAACUGCUCAUCCGUCUGCUGAAAAUGAUCAUCAUUCCCCUGGUUGUGUGCAGUCUCGUCUCGGGUGCGGCUAGCAUUGACCCCAAAGCCCUGGGCAAGCUGGGCGGCUGGGCCAUGCUCUUCUUCCUGGUGACCACCUUGAUAGCCUCGGCGAUAGGAGUGAUCAUGGCUCUCAUCAUCCAACCCGGUGUGGUGACGGGGGCAAAACCCAUUAUUGCUGGAGCCGACGGUGCCCCAGUCCAGGCCAAGGAGGUGAUAGACUCCUUUUUAGACCUGAUCAGGAACAUCUUUCCAAGCAACCUGGUGUCUGCAGCAUUCCAGUCGUAUGCCACAAGCUACAAACUGAAGGAGACUUUGAUCAAUGGCACCAGCAACUUCACCAUAGAGAAGAUCCCCUAUGGGCAGGACGUGGAUGGCAUGAACAUCCUGGGCCUGGUGGUGUUUGCCAUCGUGUUCGGCGUGGCGCUGCGGAAGCUCGGCGAGGAGGGCGAGAUCCUCAUCCGCUUCUUCAACUCCUUCAACGAGGCCACCAUGGUGCUGGUCUCCUGGAUCAUGUGGUAUGCUCCUCUGGGUAUCAUGUUUCUGGUGGCUGAGAAGAUCGUCCAGAUGGAUGACGUGGGGUCGCUGUUCGCCAGCCUGGGGAAGUACAUCGCCUGUUGCAUGGUGGGACAUUUCAUCCACGGCUUCCUGGUGCUGCCCCUCAUCUACUUCGCCAUCACGCGCAAGAACCCCUACAACUUCCUGUUGGGCCUGAUCACCGCCCUCGCCACCGCCUUCGGAACCUCCUCCAGCUCGGCCACUCUGCCCCUGAUGAUGCGCUGCGUGGAGGAGAGGGGCGUGUCCAAGCACAUCAGCCGCUUCAUCCUGCCAAUCGGAGCGACCGUCAACAUGGACGGCGCCGCCUGUUUCCAGUGUGUGGCCGCAGUCUUCAUCGCCCAGCUCAACGACGUGCCGCUCAACUUCAUACAGGUCAUUACCAUCCUAGUGACGGCCACAGCGUCCAGUGUGGGAGCAGCAGGCAUCCCGGCGGGCGGAGUCCUGACCCUGGCCAUCAUCCUGGAGGCGGUCGGCCUGCCCACCAACGACAUCUCCCUCAUCCUGGCUGUCGAUUGGCUCGUUGACCGCACCUGCACCGUGUUGAACGUGGAGGGCGAUGCGUUUGGGGCGGGGCUUCUUCAGUACUUCGUCGACCGCGAGGAGGGCCAGAAAUCAGAGGGGGCGGAGCUUACCGAGGUCCGCCACGACGACGGCGACGGCCCCGCCAAGCCCGAGAGCUCGCCGCUAUUGGACAAGAGAGCCCUGGCCGCCUCCCCUGACCACGCCCCCGCAGGAGACGGGGCACCUGCCUCCCAGAAGGAGUCUGUCAUGUAGAGCAGACGGGAGAUUACUGCAAUCUAGUGGAGAGGAGUGGAUAUACACGCACACACGCGCACACACACAUACACACGCACACACACCAGUCCCUCUGGUGGAUGGUUGUGGACACACACACACACACACACACACACUCACAUUCGCACGGCCAGCCCGUCCUCCUCUCCCUUGACCUUUCGUUGACCCUUUGACCUUCAACUUUCACCCCGACCCCUAAUGGAGGUGCUGAGCCUCGGUCUCCUCCCAUCCGCCAUCAUGAACUGAAGUGAUCCACUGCUCUCCAUCUAAAAUCACACAUUAUACACACAUUAUACACACAACCACAGUACACACAUUACACCACAUUCAGGGCUCUAAAUUAACACCAGCCAACCGGCCAAAUGCUGGUGAAAUUUCAGUUUGGUUGGUAGAAAAGACCAACUUACUAACUAGCCACUUUGAUGCAUCAGUGAGUAUGUGUUUGGCUAGUGAGGGUGUUUGUUUAGUAUGACAUCUUCCAGCCAUUUUGGCCUGUGAUAUAAAAAAAAAAAUAAUACUUAAGAGCCCUGCACACAUUAUACCCAUAUCAACAGCACACAUGCUGUAUAUGCUACAGUACAUAUCCACCACCACGUCCCAUGGCCUACCAGCCCAUUGGCUCCCCCUAGCGGCCGACUCCUGAAGUGCACCACAUGAACUGCUCCUAAGAGAUAAAGAGAUCUCUACUCUACUCUUCACCUCUACUGUCAUGCGUUUUAAUUGUACAGGGAGGAGAUGUGUCAUUUCUGUUCUUUUUAAUUACUUUUUAUUUCAUUAUUGUUUUUAAUUUAAAUUUUGGUAUUUCCCCCGUGCUGGUCAUAUCAGAUUCUGAUUCAUUGCUUUGAUGCUUGUGUAAAGUAAACGCCUCGAAGCCUUUAAAAGGUGCGACUACUGUUUCACCAGCCCCUUUUAUAUUUUUAUUUUAUUUAUAUAUAUUUUUUAAAACCACAGUGAUUAUAUUUAAGUAUUUUUCCUGUCAACACCAUGUUUGUUUUCCCAAAGAAACUACACACGUUACACAUGUAUGCAGGGUGUGGAUUUGUCGACAAACAUAUUUCUUUGCAGCUGCAUGGAAUGCAAUGAAAUCCUAAUUGUCAAAGGAUGGAGAAUCGAAUCCAAAAGAUGCAAAUCGCACCCUGCAUGUAUGUAUGCAUGUCUGUCUGUUGGAUCUUUCCAAUGUGCAGAUGCCCCUCCUCGACCUGUGCUUGCCACCUUAGGCUCGUUCGUGACGAAGCAGUGCUGCUUUUGCUAAGCAGCGAGCAUGCGCACUUUGCCAGUUCGAUGCAUUGUG